GAAAAAUGUACACAAAGGUAUUCUUUGCCGCCAUUACCCUGGCCGUGGCCUUAGCUAGGCCUCAGGAUGGACACCAUCACGGGCACGGUCACGCAUACUCCUCUCAGAGCAUAGUGCUUCACCAAAGCCAUGGACAUGAGCACGGGCAUAAUCACCAUGAACACCAUUCUGCUCCGCAGCAGAUUGGUAUCGAGAAGAAACAUGAGGAACACCACCAAGAUUAUUAUGCGCACCCUAAAUACGAGUUCGAGUACAAGGUGGAGGACCCGCACACCGGCGACAAGAAGUCCCACCACGAGUCCCGCGACGGCGACGUCGUGAAGGGCUACUACAGCCUUCAUGAGGCUGAUGGCACCAUCAGGAUUGUGCACUACUCCGCCGACAAACACAGCGGAUUUAACGCUGAAGUCAAGAGGGAAGGUCACGCUAAGCAUGUAAUCCCUGUCCAUCAUCAUUGA